GUUUUUUGAACUUCCACUGGCCAAAAAAAAAUGACUUCGACCCCGGUGCUAUCUGGGCAAAGAGCCAUUGUAGGCAUCAAUUUAGGGAAUGCAUAUGCAUCGAUUGCUGUUAUUAACAAGGAAGGCAAGCCCCACUGUAUUGCAAACGAGGACGGUGAGCGCCAAAUCGCUUGCGCCAUAUCGUACGCCGGAGAGGAGGUGUAUAUCGGUAAUCAAGCUAAACCACACCUGGUGAAGAACGCGCAAAACACGAUCCUUGGCUUCCGAAAUCUCCUUGGGAAAAAGCUCUCCGAUGUAACAUCACAACCCAACAGCACAUCUGCACCUACAAUAGAUAUCAACGGGGAGCCCGGAUAUACAGUGCAAAUUCUCCUUCCUGCACCAACACCCGCUCAAGGUUCUACUCCUGCGAGAAGUGGCACCCCAGCAACCAAACGCGGCACUCCAGCGGCGUCUAGGAGAGGUGGUACUCCAGCAAUAUCGGCAAGGUCCACUCCGGCUCCUACUAGACCUCCCUCCCCCCCACCAUCAGCUCCCAAGUCACUUACCGUAUCAGAAGCGUCUUCCAUAUUUCUUUCCGCGCUCAAGCGAUCGGCAGAGGACUUCCUAGGCAAACCUAUCGAAGGCGCCGUCAUUUCAGUUCCGUCGCACUGGGAUACCGAGCAGCUGGAAGCUUUGAGGCGGGCAGCUGAAGCUGCCGGUAUUUCUGUUCUGCAAUUAGCUGCGGAGGAAGGUCUCGCAGUCCUUGGCGCUGAAGCCGAUGGCCCACUUGAGUCUACGCCCACCCAAGCGAAGCCCCCUCAUGAUCGCACGACACUCGUCGUGGAUAUGGGCGCCUCCACUCUCACGUUGAGCCUGCUUUCCAUUAAACAGUCACUCAUUCAUCCUCUCGGAUAUUUGACGGUUCCAGGAGUAGGAGGCGAUGCUAUCGAUGAUAUACUUGUCCAGCACUUCGCCAAGGAAUUCACUAAAAAAACUAAAGUCGCUUUGAGUCUCCCUGCUCAGACUCCAGAGGACCAAAGGGCAGAAGCUAAGCUGCGUCUUGCCGUCGAGUUCACCAAACGCACGCUAAGCGCAUCAUCAGGUGCUGCGGCGUGCUCAGUUGAAUCAUUAAAAGACGGGAUGGACUACAGUGGAACCCUCAAUCGACUUCGGUUCGAUGUCCUGCUAGCAACUUUCUACGCUCGAAUCGCAACGGAGGUGAACAAGGUUUUAAACACAGCAGCCAUCAACAAGGAGUCAGUUGAUGAGAUUCUACUCGUCGGAAGCAGCGCUGGGCUCAGCGGUCUCGCGGAGAAACUGGAGCUUUUCUUUGGCGAGAACUCAAAGGUGUCCAUUCGCUCGGAUCUGAACCCCUCGGAGCUUAUUGCUAAAGGGGCAGUCGCCCAAGCGGAAUUAUUGAUUUCCCUUCCCAAGGACAGCCCGUUGCAUGAUGCUUUUGCACACGCCAAUGAGGUUGUCAAGGUCAUCGCCACCGCUAAACCAAUCGGACUCGUAUUCCCUGGGUCAAAUGAUAACGUCAUCCCCGUUGUUCUCGUUCCGUCGGAAACACCCUUACCCGCCCGUCGGAUCGUGCGACUCGCUGUCGCAUCAGGCGCUACGCGAGUCGGUUUUGAAGUUUGGGAGGGCAACCAUGGACUCAAGGAGUUGCCCAAGCCUGAAGGCGUGAAGGCUGAUGCGGAAGAAGAGGAUGAAGAAGAGGAACCACAAAGGGAGGCCAUUGUGACUAGAUCGGAAUUCCUUGGUGCAUUGGCUGUGGAUAUAACGCCACCUCCUGCGACGAAGAAUAAAAAGAAAGCGGAGCCUGUCCACAUUGAAGUCAAAGUGGACGUGAGUGCUGAGGGAUCUGUUUCCGUUGCGUCACGGCAGGUGAAGGAGGAUAAUAGCGGUAAUUGGGUCAGCUUCUCCAUCUAGCCUUGCCUCCCAUGGUAUCAGAAAAAAAACCCGGGAGUUGAUAGACCAUAUCCGUUUUUCGCAACAUUAAUGUGCCCGGGAUGCCAUGGAAGAUUGCUAUUUGCUAGUAAUAUACAUAUAGGUGGAUGUCGGUAUAGCCUAUGUUCGAUAUGCGCAUGAAAUCGGCUGUGGUCAACUGCAUUGUCUGAUUGGGCAUGUUCUG